AUGGCUCCUGAGAAACGCACCGUUCUGAUAACUGGAUGCUCCGAUGGCGGCCUCGGUGCCGCCCUCGCGCUGGCCUUUCACAAACAGGGCGACCGCGUCUUUGCAACGGCGCGCACUCCCUCCAAAAUGUCGUCCUUACAGUCCCUCGGCAUCGAAACUCUACCCCUAGAUGUCCUCUCCGAAGAGUCAAUCAGGACUUGCGUCGAGAAAGUCUCGUCUCUGACCGGCGGUUCGUUGGACAUCUUGGUUAACAACGCCGGCGCUGGGUUUAACAUGCCGGUCCUCGAUAUUCCGAUUGCUGAAAUCCGGAGACAGUUCGAGCUCAAUGUGUUUAGUGCGCUCCGAGUGAUACAGUUGUUUUUCCCGCUGCUUCGCGAUUCGACGACGAAGAACAAGAUGAUUGUGAACAAUACCUCAUGUGGCGCCGUGCUAACCCUGCCGUUCAUGGGACCAUAUUCGGCCUCAAAAGCCGCACUCGCCAGCUUCAGCGAAACCCUACGGCUUGAAAUGCAAGCAUUUGGGAUCAAAGUCAUCGAUUUACGGACCGCAGGUGUGAGAUCGAAAUUCUUUGACAACGUCAACGUCGAAAUGAGUCCCACCUUACCGGAAAACAGUCCCUAUUCGCCGGGCAAAGACAUUGUCGAAAAGUUUAUCAGUCAAGGUCCAUCAGUGAGACUCAUGGAUGCAGACGUCUGGGCGAAGAACGUGGUGAGGGAUUUAUCCAAGCGUGGUGGAAAAGGUGCACCACAUCAGAUCUGGAGGGGUCAGGGAGCGACGUCCGCAUGGUUCUCAGCGACGGCCGUGCCCGUGGGAUGGAUGGAUGGAGUGGUGAAGAAGUUUUCAGGGUUGGAUAUGGUGGAGAGGAGGAUAGAGGAGAAGGAAAACAUGGCUUGA